CGUUCCAAAACCAAAAUCACAUUUUUUGCGAUGCAUUUGCAUUGCAAAUUAUAGAUGAAAAAUGUUAUGUUUGUGUGCGGAGAAACGAGAAAAAGAGCAAUGAUAACAAUGAAUUGAUGUAAAAGUUGCAUAACAAACGUCGUCGGGCUCGUCUCUGUGUAUGUACGUCGUUGUUCAGCAGCAGCAGUCGCAAUUUCCAGAAAACCACACACACACACAUACACGUACACACAGCACGCACACUAGCUCACACUACUCUACGCCAUCAAAACAGCAGCAAAAGAAAAAAACGCAGAUUUCUUGAGUGGCGCUAAUAAAAAACAGUGUUGAAGUUUAAUACCACAUACGAAACAAGAGAAAAAGCAAGCAAGCAAAUCGCAAAAACGAAAUCAAAUGUGCGUGUUACAUUGUGCGUAGCAAAUGUGUUGUGGCAGCCGCGACAGACGCGCAGCAUUUAAGCAGCACAGUCAGCGCGUCAGCCACCUUUCCCCCCCUGUUUCCACCCUGCCCGUCGUCGUCGCCACACGCCACAGUCCCAGAUUCAAAAACCAAAAUCCAAAAUACCAAUAUACCAAUACAAACGCAACGCUGCAGUGCAGCGCAGCAGCCGACAAAGAAAAAGACACUCUUCUUCUUCGUACAGUCCCUACGACGUCGACGUCAGCGUCUGCGUCGACGUCAGCAGCGCAGCAGGCAGCAACAGCCUUUGACUCAGCUGCCAAGUCAAAACAACACAUAAAGAGAAAUCAACUAGAAUAUUGUUAAUUAUUCGACCUGAGUGUGCGAGUGUGUGUUGAGCGUUCUCUCCGCGCGCUCUCUGCCUAUUCACAACAAAUUUAAAUUAAAUAAAAGAGGCUUGCAUGUGAAAAUUAACAACAACAAAAAAUAUAAAGGAAAUUAUACGUGUGCGCGCGUUCUGAGUGAGUGUGUCUUAUAUUGGUGUUGUUUUGGCGCAUUUGGUGACUGUGUGCAGCAACAAUGAGUCUCUUGGGCACGCCUGCGGGCGGCGUUCCAGUCUCGUCGUCGUCGAUCGCCUCAUCCUCGUCAUCCAGCUCCACAAGCCUCGCCGUCAAUGCUGGCAGCAGUAGCAACAACAACUCCAAUGCCACUCCAAGUGGAAGCAAUAGCAACAACAACCUGCCGUUUGAAAAGGAUAAAAUCUGGUACUUUAGCAAUGAGCAACUGGGCAACUCGCCCAGUCGCCGCUGUGGCAUCAAAUGCGACGAUGAGCUCCACUAUCGCCAGAUGACCGCCUACUUAAUUCAAGAGAUGGGCCAACGACUGCAAGUGUCACAGUUGUGCAUCAACACAGCCAUCGUCUAUAUGCAUCGCUUCUAUGCGUUCCACUCGUUCACACAUUUCCAUCGCAAUUCCAUGGCAUCGGCGAGUUUGUUCCUUGCAGCCAAGGUGGAGGAGCAGCCACGCAAGCUGGAGCAUGUGAUAAGGGCGGCGAACAAGUGUCUGCCACAGACGACGGAACAGAGCUAUGCGGAUCUCGCCCAGGAGCUGGUGUUCAAUGAGAAUGUGCUGUUGCAGACGCUGGGCUUCGAUGUAGCCAUCGAUCAUCCGCACACGCAUGUGGUGCGCACUUGUCAGCUGGUCAAAGCAUGCAAGGAUCUGGCGCAAACAUCGUACUUUUUGGCCUCAAACAGCUUACAUCUUACCUCGAUGUGCCUGCAAUAUCGACCCACGGUGGUUGCCUGCUUCUGCAUUUAUUUGGCCUGCAAAUGGUCGCGCUGGGAGAUCCCUCAGUCCACGGAGGGUAAACACUGGUUCUAUUAUGUGGACAAGAGCGUCUCAUUGGAGCUGCUCAAGCAGCUGACGGACGAAUUCAUUGCCAUCUACGAGAAGAGUCCCGCACGCCUCAAAUCCAAGCUGAACUCCAUCAAGGCGAUCGCCCAAGGAGCCAGCAAUCGCACAGCGACCAACAGCAAGGACAACAAGCCGAAAGAAGACUGGAAAAUGAGUGAAAUGAUGAAGGGCUAUCAUUCAAACAUUACGGCGCCACCAGAGCUCAUGAAUGGCAGUGGCGACAGUCGAGAUCCGCCGUCACAGGUGCCGCUGUUGCCACCGCCAGCGAUGGUGCCGCCACAGCAACGACAGCGCAGCGAUGGCAGCCAUCAGCGUUCGUCGUCGGCGGGUGCGCCCGGAAAUUCAUCGUCCACUACCUCCUCCUCGUCCAAUCACAAGUUGCCAAACUAUCCGGGCUCCUUGCCGCCCGAGGCACAUGGAGAUCACAAAUCGAAGCAGCCCGGCUAUGGCAGUCGUGCACCAUCCAGCCAUCCAUCGAGCUCGUCAUCCUCGCAGCGCAGCAGCAGUGGCAACUCCUCCUCCGCUAGCAGCAGUCAACGCAGCUCAUCGUCGAGCCAAGCGUCCGGAAGGCCGCCCAUGGGCAUGGACUAUCACAAAUCGUCGCGUGGCAUGCCACCCGGCGUGGGAAUGCCUCCGCAUGGGGCGCACAAGAUGUCCACAAGUUCCAAGCCGCCGCCGAUGCCAUUGCUCGACGGACGCAGCAGCAAUUCAUCCGCAACGAAUUCAUCAUCGUCAUCCGCAUCAACAUCGUCGUCGGGUGUGUCAUCCAAAGACCUCAGCAAAUCAAGCUCGGGCAGCAGCAGCAGCAACAAAAUGUAUCCUAAUGCACCGCCGCCCUACAACAACAGCGGACCACCCAAUCCGCUGAUGUCGCGUGGUGGCUACCAAGGCAGCAGCAGCAACAGCAGUGGUGUUGGUGUCAACAAUGGUGCACCGCUACCGAAUGCUGGCUAUGGCAGUCACAGCUCCUCGCAUCGCAAUAAAUCCGUCGCAUCAUCCAGCUCAUCGUCAUCCGUCCACAGCAUGCCGCCUUAUGAGCAACAACUGCCCUAUGGCCAAGGUCAGGGCGUGCCCAGCUACAAUCACAUGCAGCAGCAACAGCAGCAGCAGCUGCCAACGCUUGAGGCCCCGCCACCGACAAUGACAACACAACCCCAACAACAACAACAGCAGCCACAGCAACUGAGUAAGAACUCCUCCAAUUCACUCUUCAGUCCUGAGCCGCAUUUCAACGGUUUGCUGCCGCCACCACCGCCAGGUCCGGCACACGAGAGUCUGGGCUACAAGCUCAACAAUCAUACGCGUGAUCGUGACAGUCCCAAGAAGGAGCGCCUGACGCCUACCAAAAAGGAUAAGCAUCGCAGCACGUUGCCACAUGGCAGCAGUAGCAGUAGCAGCGGAUCGAGCUCAACAGCUAAGGCGAUGCUGCCGCCACACAAGAAACCACAUGGCGAUCUGGUGGCCAACGAAUUGGCUGGCCCAAGUCGCGAUGGCAGCAGCAGUCUGAAGCGUGCCAACGAAAUCUCGGGCAGCCAGUAUGGCCUCAACAAGCUGGACGAGCACGAUGGCAGCUUGCCCCGAGACAAGGUGCGCAAGCUGGAGAACAGCGUCGGAUUGCCCGGCUAUGGUAGCUAUGGCAGUGAGGAUAAGCAUGCACCGCUCUCGAUAUCGAACGGAGGCAUCGAAACCACACCGGAUCUGGUGCGCAGCCUGCUCAAGGAGAGUCUGUGCACCCCGAAUGCCUCGCUGCUUAAACCUGAUGCACUGACUAUGCCCGGCCUGAAGCCGCCUGCAGAGUUGCUGGAACCGAUGCCAACGGCAGCGCCAGUGCACAUCAAAAAGGAACCGAUUGGAGGUGCUGGUGGUGCUGCACCAACAAGUCUGCUGGGCAUGGAGCAGCUGGAUGCGUUGACCAAGCUGGGCGAGAGCAAGGAUCUGGACGGUAGUGGUAAGUCGGAGAAGAAAAAGAAGAAGGAUAAGCAUAAACACAAGGAGAAGGACAAGUCGAAGGAUAAACCCGAUAAGGAGGAGCGUAAGAAACACAAGAAGGACAAGCAAAAGGAGCGCAGCAGCAAGGACACAUCCAUGGACUCCCUGAAGCUGGUAAUCACAACGAACACAGCGACAGCGAAUCCCAAUGGCAGUCUGCAGGCUGCAGCGCCACUCAAACUGAAGAUCAGCAAGAACAAGGUCGAGCCGAAUAACUAUUCAGCGGCUGGCGGUGCAACCGGACUUGGUGGUGGCAUGCCACAUGCAGCCAUGCCCACAGCGCCCACAACUGGCUUCGGCAUGCCACCCACACUCUCAGCAGCAGCGCCAAUGGGAAUGCCCGGACAGCAGCAACAGCAGCAAGCGUUGGUGAUACCAACGUAUGGCGGUUACAAUUCGACGAGCAAUUCAACGAGUAGCGGCAGCAGUAGCAGCAAAAAGAAGCACAGCGAUCGGGAUCGCGACAAGGAGAGCAGCGGAGGCAGCAGCAGCAGCAGCAGCAGUAAGAAGAGCAAAUCUCAAGACUAUGCCAAAUACAAUGGCGGAGUCUCUGGCGUUGGCAUCGGCGGUGGCGGCGUCGGCGUCGGUGCUGUCUAUGCUCCUCUUGGCGGCGGUGCAGGCGCCGCGUCGUUAGCCCAAUCCGCCUCACAGGUCUCCAGUCUGCUCGGCCUGCCCAUGACCAUGCCCAACUCGAUGGUGAUGACGCCCGCAGAUUUAGCUGCCGGCAUUCCGCCCUCGGCGCUGCCCAUCUACAACAAGAAAUAGUCGUAGUAGCCACGUAGUCCCCGUAGUCCAUAACAAAUAGAACCCUUGUUCAAUAACAACAAAAACAACCACAAACAACUAAAAGAUAUUCUUUCAAAACACAAAAACAACCUUUAUACUUGAUGAUAUAGCUCGUAUGUAUAAACAAAAAACAAAAAAUGAGAAAAACCUAUGCUAGUUGUAAUUGAUUGUUGGUGAGAUGCAUUAGUUCUCUAAGUUAUUAUCGAUUUACCUUAGUUAAGCACAAAGCAAAACACAAACAAACAAAAAUCGUAAGAACACCCGUCAAAUUGCAAUGCGGACAACACUUGAGAUCCGAGUGUUUCCAGUUCGAUAUGAAAUCAUGAAAACUUAUAAGAAAAAGAAAACAAACAAUACAUAAACUUCUGUACAGCAUUAAUUAAUUUGUAAUUAUAACAUACACACACACAUACACAUAAUCCAUACAAAUACACGGAAUAAUUGUAAUCGAAACAGAGAGAAAGCAAAACUCUCACGAGAGAGAGUUUGCAAUGAUCGAAAGGGUAAAAUAAAUGCGCAGCACGGCCGUCUAGAAUAUAAGUUAGUAAAUCAAUUACCCAACUACACACCUAUGCACACACAUUCACAUAAACACACACACACAUACACUGAACUGUUGUAUAUAGCCACAAGAGAAACAACUUCCGCUUAGCUACAAAUACGGCCCUAACUAAAUGCAAAUCGAAAUUUUGAAACAAAAUAUUCAAUAUAGCGUAUAUAGAAAGAAAAUCCGCGAUGCAAAACGAAGAGAUCGAGAAUAGUUGGCGUACUUUAAUUCUAAAUUAAAGUCGCAUGCUGACAAAUUUAGUAAAACCAAUACAAAUACACACA